AUGAUGCGCUUGAGCUCCGUCCUCCUUCUGAUAGCAGCCACUUUCUUUGUCAAAUGCGAUGCUGCCACAGCUGAUACCGACUCUACAAUGAUUUCAGUGAUGUCUACUGUUGCCCCCAUGAAGGGUGCGAGAUUCCUGCGCACCGUUUCAAGGCAACAGGAUAACGCUGAAGAGGACGAUGAAAUUGACGCUCUGGAUUCGCAAGAGGAAGAGAGAAUGGUGGCUGUGAAGAACUUUAAGCCGUCGACAAUAUACAAGAACAACCCACUCCUUCGUCCUGCUGCGGAAGUCUUGGCGGCAGCGCAGAAGGCAGACAACGCGCUGCUCGCGAGGGUGCGACAGGAUAAAACCCUUCAAAGCAUCUUCAAACAGAUAGAACAAACGUCGGGAGCUGAAAGAAGGAUCAAGAAUUGGCUGGAGCAGAAGAAGACGCCGGAGCAAAUUGCUUCCAUGUUCAGAAAAGAUUACCCAACUCUCAGCAUACAAGGGGCGGAGUGGAAGUCCCUGAGACUUUACACGGCGCUCUUUAUGAGGCAGCAUCACUCGCUGAAUCCGACUGUGAAGUUAGGGUAG